UCUAUAAAUACCAUUCUAAGCUUAUAGAAGAAAGACAUAACAAAUGACCCAUCAAGCUUCCCAUUCAAAAGUUUUUCAUGGCUCUUUGUUAAGGCCAUGGAGGAAAACUCUUUAGCUUUAUAUUCAUCAUCAUCAUCAUCAUCAUCAUCUUCUUCUUCUUCUUCUUCUCAACAAUGGAAAUAUGAUGUUUUUCUUAGCUUUAGUGGCAAAGAUACCCGUAAGAAUUUUAUUAGUCAUUUGUAUAAAGAGUUUUGCCAAAAAGGAAUCAUCACAUUCAAGGAUGAUAGAGAACUUGAGAAAGGGGAAACUAUUUCUCAAGAACUCCUCAAAGCAAUUGAAAGCUCCAAAAUUUCUCUUGUCAUCUUUUCAAAAAAUUAUGCUUCUUCAACAUGGUGUUUGGAUGAACUCGUAAAAAUUUUAGAAUGCAAGAACUCUGGCAACCAAAUAGUUUUGCCCAUUUUCUAUGAUGUGAAUCCAUCAGAAGUUCGAAAGCAGAAUGGGAGUUUUGAAAAUGACUUUGAACAUUAUCAGCAGAACGACGAGAGGGUGCAACGGUGGAGACUUGCUAUGACUCAAGUGGUCAAUUUUUCUGGAUGGAAUUUACAAGACAGGUUUAAAUUUGCUGAAUUGCAAGGGAAACUAUCAUGGGCCUCGAUUAAGAGAUGUUAAUUAGGAAAAUCAAUGUUAUGCUCCUUUUAUUAUUAUUAGUUUUGCCAGUUUUGUCUUUAACGUGCAUC